AAUCAACGUACCCAUUGGCCUGACAGCCACAGACGGACGGAGAAAUGAUCCAUGCAGAUGGCAGAUGGACAGGAGGCGCCACUGCCAUCGUCCGCGGAUCCGUCCAGUGCACGAGGAGGAGGACGGAGUGCAUGCGCAAAGAAUCAUCCAUCGGAUGAUCACGACGAUCAGAUCGAUCGAUCUCGACGAUCGGCUCGCAUCUGAGCCACACACGACAUGUGGCUGCUCCCGGUGCUUGUCACACGUAAUCCGCGCUCUCGUAAUGUAAUCGGUCGCUUUGCUCGGCAGCGGCAUUUGCUGCCGCCUUGAUUGCAGCUCUGGUCGUGAGACCGAUCGAUGGCCAGAUGUGGAUGUUCUUGCCCUCUUUCGAUCCGCGUGGUAGCGUCUCGGUCUCGUUCUGUCAGCUACGUCAUCCGACUCGUCCUGUCACCCGGAGGCCGCGUCGUAGCAUCUUGAAGAGGACGAGUACCUUGUGCCUGUACUAUGCCGGGAGGAAGGGCAGGCGGCUAACUCUGAAGCAGGUUCCUCCGCUUCUGGUGUGACAAAAAAAUCUGAACGUUUCCUUACGACGGACACCAGGAGCAGACUUUGAGUGUUAGCUUCUGUGAAUCACGAUUACCUGCAAACCCUCGUUAGUGACAGAAUUAUCUCCGAAGGAACACCUCUUUAUCGAGUAUCACCCCUGCUCUUCUAUGGUUACAAUGGCAGUCGAACGAGCCUCCAUGAGUGUCUUUGGUGGCCCUAGGGUAAUCACUCCUGAAACUGCCAAAUUAGGGAGCAAAAGUAACCUGCCUCUAGGAUUGGCCUCAGGAACUCGAAGACGAAUCUCACCUCUUUCCAGUCGAAGAGGCUGGGUUGGAUCGCAAGUGGGUUUCAGUUCAUUUCGCCAGGGUGUACCUCUGAGAAAGACACUUCAGGCAACAAACGGCAGCCGAUGGCAUGCCACUUGGCAAGAUAACUCAGCGAUGGUGGAGACAGAUGUUCCGAUUGAGGUGGCUUGGGCACUGUGGAAUGACCGAGAAGGCGUUAAUCGCUGGAUGCCCUGGAUCGACUCAGUUAAGAUCCAAGAAGAUCAACCAGAACUCUCUAAAUGGACACUAAAGUACGAGGCUUUUGGUCAAAGGUUCGAAUUCUCCUGGCUUGCUCGCAAUCUCAAGCCCAUCUUUCACCAAAAAAUACAUUGGCGCGCUGUAGAUGGACUACCGAACAGGGGAGCAGUGCGGUUUUAUCCUCGGGGUCCAUCGUCUUGUGGUGUCCAGCUAACAAUAUCUUAUGAGGUCCCUCAAGUGCUCUCCGGAUUGGCUUCGGCUCUUUCUCCUCUAGUAGAAUCAAUUCUUAAACAAGACAUGGAGCGCUUUGCAAAAUUCGCGAAGCAACACAGUUUGGAAUCACAGCCGAUGUAAAUUGAAGCUUGUUUGAACUGGCCGUACACAAAGGUGUUAGCCGUUCGGAAGAAAGGCUUGUCUCGGAGCUAUGUCUGGGUUGUUACAUUGGAUAGAGCCAGGUGUAAGAUUAGAUGGUGUCCACUGCAAUCGGGCUGGAGACUGUUGUAACGUUGUACAAAUGCUCAUUCUUGCGAGACUGUAUAGUAAUUCCGGCUCAGGUUGUUGUUCAGGUUGUCGUAGAACGAUGAAUCAUGAAACAUCAUCAACUUGUAAUUUUGUAAGACUGUAUCACUCUCGAUGCUGUUGUGAUUAAUGACAUUAUUAUGUUCCAUAUCU